AUGACCACCAUGGCCCACCCGCCGUCCAAAGUCGGACCAUCGACCCAUCACGAUCACAAACAUCACCACCAUACCCCUUCCCCUCCUCCUCCUCCACCGGCUCGUAUCCUUCAAUGCGGUAUAUGCAUGGACGACUUUGAAUGGUUCUCGCUCAAGGACCUCAACGGAUACCAGGAAGACCCAAAAGACAAUAGCGCCGCCACAGUAGUAGUAUCAUCCCCACCGUCACGCCCACGAAUCUGUCAACGGCCUUUUCACAUCUUUUGCAGUCAUCGUCGUAACCAAGGCACAAGCAUACGUGCCAGUCAGGAUCGUGGCAUCCGUGCCUUGUUUGGAGGGGAGAGCCGUCGUCAACGUCGGGAACAGAAACAACAGAAGCUCAAACAAGUUUCUGUGACAGGUCCCUCGGUCGAGGCUUUGAAGUUGGGGUGCUCGUUGCAUAUGGGCAAAGACCAUGCGUUCUGUCUUGAGUGCUUGGCACGAUAUAUUGAUACGCAGGUCAAGGCGCAGACUUGGCCGAUCGUCUGUCCGCAUGAGAAUUGUAGGGAAGUUGUGUCUUCGUUUGCAGUUGAGACUCUCUUGGGGAGUGAGGCACUUCAGUGGCACCAGCUUGCUGUCGAGCACGCGAUCCAGAAGAAGAUCUACUGUCCAAGCAACGCAUGUGGACGGUUGUUUGACGGUGACCGAAACGAUGAAGAUGAGGCGGUCAACCGCAACUGCCCCUACUGUAACCAGUCCUUCUGCGCCAUGUGCCAUGGUGAAGCACACACAGGCAUGGACUGUCAACAACGACUGGACAAGAUCUUCCUGGCCAUGGCCACCGACAGCAAAUGGAAGAGCUGCCCUUCUUGCAAGCACAUGAUCGAAAAGGACUCAGUGAAGUAG